CUUAUUUUUCUUUACUUCUUCAAACUCUCAAUCUCCAAAAUUUUAAGAGACAAAAACAUAUAUUUUCAAUUGGAAGAAGAAGAUCAAGAAGAAGAUAUGGACAUGCAAAUGUUAAGGAAGAAGUCAAUUCAACUCCGAUAUCUCUGGGGAGGAUUUAAUGUUUCUGUCAGAGAUGAAUCUCCGAAAAAAUUAAUGGAAUGGUUAACCCAACAACCUGAAUGGAAGAAACUUAACGGUAAGGAUCAUUUCGUGGUCAGUGGAAGAAUUGGUUUCGAGUUUAGAAGAAGUAGCGAUGAAAAUGAAGAUUGGGGAACAAAGUUUAUGUUUUUGCCCGGAGCUAGUAACAUGUCGUUAUUGUUGAUAGAAUCGUGUGGUUUUUAUGAUAAUGAAUUCGCGAUUCCAUAUCCGACUUAUUUUCAUCCAAAAAGUGAUGAUGAGAUUCUUGAUUGGCAGAAGCAAGUGAGAGAAAUAAAAAGGGAUUAUUUGUUUACAUUCGCGGGUGCUCCAAGGCCUAACUCGACAUCGUCUAUAAGAAAUGAGCUUAUUCAACAAUGUGAAUCGUCGCCAAAUUGCAAACUAGCGGGUUGCAAUAAAAAUCAAAAUUGCGGUGAUCCAGUUUAUGUUACGGAUGUUCUUAUGAAUUCGGUUUUUUGCUUACAACCUCCCGGUGAUUCGUAUACUAGAAGAUCGAUUUUUGAUUCGAUUUUGGCGGGGUGUAUUCCGGUUUUCUUUCAUCCUCAAUCAGCAUACAAUCAAUAUCUAUGGCAUUUUCCUAAGAACACUUCUAGUUAUUCUAUCUUCAUACCUGAAAUUGAUGUUAAGGAGAAGAGAGUGAAGAUUGAUAUGAAAUUGUUGAAUGUUUCAACAAAUGAAGUGUUAGCUAUGAGAGAAAAGGUUAUAAAAUUGAUUCCAAAAAUUAUCUAUCGUUAUCCAAGUUCUAGAUUAAAGACGCAUGAAGAUGCUUUUGAUGUAGCUAUUAAGGGAGUUCUUGGAAGAGUUGAAGCAAUGACAAGAGAGGUUACAAAUUCUUCGACAAUUGUUUCUCUUUAAGGAUUAUAUUUUUUUUGUAAUUUAAUUCUUUUUGAGAUUAUACUUGAUAUUAUAUACUUGAUAUUAUACUCUUGCA